ACUGUAGCAGCUGUGACAGGCUCAGAGACAUGGGAUCAUGAAAGACUGAGGGAUAAACAUAGAACUAACACUUGGGUCAGUAGCGGAGUGAGCAUUCCACAUGUUUGGGUUCCUGGUGUGCCACUGGCCUCUGCCCCUCUUUCUCCAGGCACUGCCUUCCCAAUAAUGGCAGAGAUGGUGGCCGAGGCAGUUGAGACGCCAAGCCAGUCACCAGGAGCAGUGGAGCUUUCAACACCUCUGUCCGGAGAGCUGGCGGAGUUGGCGACAGCAGUGACUGAGGUGACGUCCGGGGAGGCCCUGGCCUCGUCCCUCUUCUUCCAGCGCCACCAGUUCAUGUGCUCUGAGUGUGGCAGCCUCUACAACACCCUGGAGGAAGUCCUCUCCCACCAGGAACAGCACCUGCUCACCGUGUCAGAGGAGGAGACGCUGACCACCCAGGACGCGGGGCUGGGGCCCGAGCUGGGGCCUGGCACCGGGGAGGGACCUUUCCAGUGUGGUGAGUGCAGCCAGAUCAUCCUCUCCCCCAGUGAGCUCCUGGCCCACCAGGAUGCUCACCUGCAGGAGUCGGCAAGCCAAAUCCAGUACCAGUGUGGAGACUGCCAUGAGCUCUUUCCCUCGCCUGAGCUGUGGGUGGCUCAUCGCAAGACUCAACACCUCCCCAGCGCAGCCGAUGAGCCACCUCCCCUGCCUCCCCCGCCACCGUCACCACCACCCCCGCCACCAGAAGUCAAGAUGGAGCCCUACGAGUGUCCUGAGUGUUCCGCCCUUUGUGCCACCCCUGAGGAGUUCUUGGAGCAUCAGGGCACCCACUUUGACUCCCUGGAGAAGGAGGAGCGCAAUGGGUUGGAAGAGGAGGAUGACGAGGAGGAAGAGGACGGGGAAGACGAUGAUGAAGAGACGGAUGAGGAGGAAGCAGCCACAGAGCUUCCUGCUGAAGACAUGGGGGGUGACAAGUCCGUGGCUGAUCCGACUCAGAGCUGUGGGGAUUGUUCCCAGCACCGUGGCUCUUCAGGGCCACGCCGCAGACACCGUCGGGCAUCUCGCGGCCCGGCAUCAGCCACCCACCCCUUCCACUGCAGCCAGUGCCAGCGUAGCUUCAGCUCUGCUAACCGGCUGAUGGCUCAUGGCCGGGCCCACGUGGGUGGCACCCACGAGUGUACCACCUGCUCCAAGGUCUUCAAGAAGGCGGCCUCUCUGGAGCAGCACCAGCGGCUCCACCGUGGAGAAGCCCGCUACCUCUGUGUGGACUGUGGCCGUGGCUUUGGCACUGAGCUCACCUUGGUAGCCCACCGCCGGGCCCACACUGCCAACCCAUUGCACCGCUGUCGCUGUGGCAAGACCUUCAGCAACAUGACCAAGUUCCUCUACCACCGGCGAACUCACGCUGGGAAAAGUGGAACCCCCACCAGGGUAGCAACUGUCUCCCCAACUCCAGCUGAGCCCACGCCUUCACCCCCACCCCCGCCUGCCCAGCUGCCUUGUCCACAGUGCCCCAAGUCCUUCGCCUCGGCCUCCCGGCUCUCCAGGCACCGACGGGCAGUGCACGGCCCCCCUGAGCGCAGGCACAGGUGCGGGGUCUGUGGCAAGGGCUUCAAGAAGCUGGUCCAUGUGCGCAACCACCUGCGCACCCACACAGGGGAGAGGCCCUUUCAGUGUCACUCCUGUGGCAAGACCUUUGCCUCCUUAGCCAACCUCAGCCGCCACCAGCUGACCCACACAGGUGUGCGUCCCUACCAGUGCCUAGACUGUGGCAAGCGCUUCACACAGAGCUCCAACCUGCAGCAGCACCGGCGCCUACACCUACGGCCGGUGGCCUUUGCACGGGCCCCUCGCCUUCCCAUCACUGGCCUCUACAACAAGAGCCCUUACUACUGCGGGACCUGUGGACGCUGGUUCCGCGCCAUGGCAGGUCUUCGACUGCACCAGCGGGUCCAUGCCCGAGCCAGGACUUUGACACUACAGCCUCCCAGAUCACCCUCUCCGGUCCCGCCCCCGCCCCCUGAACCUCAGCAGACUAUCAUGUGCACAGAGCUUGGGGAGACCAUCGCCAUCAUAGAGACAUCCCAGCCACUGGCGCUGGAGGAUACACUGCAGCUGUGCCAGGCGGCGCUGGGGGCCAGUGAAGCCAGUGGACUGUUGCAGUUGGACACGACCUUUGUGUGACAAAGCCCAAGAGCCACUGAUAAAAAGGAUUUGGCAACAAGGUUGAGCAUAGGCACCACGGGGGAGAGGACCUGCGAGCUAACAUGGUACCCACAUGUCAGGAUCCACCCUGCUGGCCUCCUGCAACUGCUGACUCCUCCGAACAGGAAG